CAGAUGCCACGGUUUGGAAGGAUGAUCGCGUAGCGGCGCCCGACCAUCACGGCCCUGAGUGGCCGACACAUCAUGUCACAGUUCUCUUUUCGAGGAUCACCAAAUCUACAGUGUCCUGUGACAGUGAGCUCGUCGCUGACGUCCUCUUCGGCCUCGCCGGUGUCCGGUACGAUCCUGAGCGCAGGCGGCUCGUCGCUGGUCAGCGCAGCGGGCACCACCACGAAUCAUCCCCUGGGCGUAGCUGCCGGUCUGUCGAACGCGAGGAUGGCGGUGACCAGCGCGGUGGUUAGGCCGCCAGGCAGUCCGACCACGUCGGUCAGCCCGUCGCAGGGUCAUCCACCGCCGACGACCGGCGGCCCGACGCCGACCGGACGUUGUUGCGACACCGGGAGACCGAUUUUCACCGAUCCUCUCACGGGUCAGACCGUCUGCUCCUGUCAAUACGAGCUCCUCGGCGGCUACCAGCGCCUCGGCGCGCUACCGACGGCCGCGCUCUCCAUGUACAGCGCGCCUUACGCCGCUGCGGCCGCCGCAGCCGCCUCCGAGGGCAUGGCCGCCUACUUCCCCAGUCUAGGGGCCGAGCAAGCACCCUUCUACACGCCUACGGCUGCUGGCCUCGAUCUGAAGGAAAAUCUUGGGGCAGGAGCCGCGGCGGCAUGGCCUUACCCAUCGGUCUACCACCCUUACGACGCGGCCUUCGCCAGCUACCCCUUCAACGGUUACGGCAUGGAUCUGAACGGGGCCCGACGAAAAAACGCGACGCGAGAGACAACGAGUACGCUGAAGGCCUGGCUGAACGACCACAAGAAGAACCCGUACCCGACGAAGGGCGAGAAAAUCAUGCUGGCGAUCAUCACGAAGAUGACUCUGACUCAGGUGUCCACGUGGUUCGCGAACGCGCGGAGACGCCUGAAGAAAGAGAACAAGAUGACGUGGGAGCCGAGGAACAGGGUCGAGGACGAGGACAACAACAACGAGGACGAUGACAGUGGAAGGAAGAGCUUUUUUUAGAAAGACCGCCUAGACUCAAAGGAUUCGGGCACCGGAUCAAGCGAGGACGGCGAGCGACCCGCGCAUAGGAUGGACCUUCUGGGUACCAGCGGAGGGUCGACCGGGGUCCAAGGUAGGACCGAGAGCGAGUGGAGCGAGUCGCGAGCCGAUAGCGGUCCAGAUAGCCCCGAGUGCCUGUACGACCAGAGGGAACCCAGGCAUCCGUUGCAGCUGCAGCAUCCCGCGUACCUCGCGUCGUCUCACGGUCGACUGUUGCGCCACCCGUCCCCGGAAAGCACCCCGCCCAGUAGUCACCAUCUUCCACCUAGCACAACCGCAUCGUCCACGGGCAGCGUGGUGACCACGAAGCCCAGAAUCUGGUCGUUGGCUGACAUGGCGAGCAAGGACGGGGAACAACAGAGUCCCACGCCGACCACGAUGACCGGUCUUUCGUCUCCCUAUGGAGGAAGCGGCGGUGCUGGGGGUGGAAUCGCUGGCGGGGGUGGCGGCGGCGGUGGCGGGAAGCUGGUGAGUCCUUUGGCGAGUCGUUUGCCACCUCAUCAUCCCCUUCACCCGGCGAUGCACUCGGGAACGCAGUUCGUUCAGCAUCACUCGGACUUCUAUCGAAAUCUGUACGGCGCUUCCCACCUCGGAACCAGAGACAUGUCUCUGUUGGAGACCUACUCGAGGACCUUGGGCGGACUGAGCGGCGUGAUGCCGCCGUCCACGGCCCCCAGUAUACUCGCGUCGCCCUCGUCGGCCGUGUCAGCGAGUGGCAACGUGAAGCCUUUCUCGAUCAACGGCGGCAGCGCCACUGCCGGCGGUGGCGGCGUACUAUUGACCACCGCGACCUCCGGUCUGUCCCCUUCGUCCUCGUCGACGGCGUCGUCCGGGGGGUCCGACCAGUCGCCCCAUCCGAGCGGAAGCCUGCCGUCCACGCAGGAGCUCAAGUCACCGGGGCGAGUGUGA